AUGACGACAACAACACCAAGUAUCACUGCGAUGGGAUCAACAACAAUCAACACCACCGGCUCAAUUUCUAUUUCCAGCACUACAACAUCAACAGUGUUAAUAACUACAUUAACAAGUAGUACAACGGAUGUUUCUUCAACAAGUAGUACAUCAACAACAACUUCGGCUUCAACUAUUUCAUCCACGACUACCACAACUCAAACAACAACGAGUAUCGAACCUACACUUCGUUUUAUAUUCGAUGGUGGCCCAGCAGACUGUUCUUAUUUGGAUAAUAUUUCGAUUACUGAUAACAAUGCACCUUCUGUACAACUUCUUAGUAAUCCGAGUUUCGAAAAUUCGACAUCAUCACCAGUUGGAUGGAGUGUAGCGAAUUCAUCUACAUGUCAAGGUGUUACCCAGGGACAAGUAAUUACGAGUGGUUGUCAAACGUCAUCUGGUAAUAAUUGCUUCAAAGCUUAUUGUGUGAGAGGUUAUGAAUAUUUGUUUCAAUCUUUUAAUGCAACUAUUGGAGAUUUUUAUACAAUUUCCUUUUGGUUGGAACAAACAGGAGGCCCAGCUGCUUGUAUAUAUGUCGAUGUUAUUUGA